UUUCGAUCCACGAUGGCUGCCAGGAAUCCCGGAGUUGAAUUCGAUGAGAGCUGGUUUCAGAAUGUCAACAUUAAUCUGGCAGCUGUGAAGCGUCGGGCAGAAACACUGGGUACAAGAAGGACAGUAAAGAAACAAUGGCAGGCUGCCUGGUUGUUGAGGGCAGUCACCUGUAUCGAUCUGACAACACUGUCUGGGGAUGACACAGCUGCCAAUGUGUCACGGCUGUGUUUCAAGGCUCGACAACCAAUCCGAGAGGACCUUCUGAAAGCAAUGGACAUGCUGGAUAAAGGCAUCACAGUAGGCGCUGUCUGUGUAUACCCGAACAGAGUGGCAGACUGUGCUGCUGUCUUCAAGAAGUCCAAUGCUAAACAGAUCCCCAUUGCAUCAGUGGCUACAGGGUUCCCCACGGGACAGGUGCCCCUGAAGACGAGGCUGGAAGAGAUCCACGUAGCUGUAGCAGAUGGAGCAUCAGAGAUAGACAUAGUCAUCAACAGACAGUAUGCACUUACAGGCAACUGGAAAGGUCUGUACGAGGAGGUGAAGCUGAUGAGGGAGGCGUGUGGGGAAGCUCACAUGAAGACUAUCCUGGCCACUGGAGAGCUGGGGUCAAUGGUUAAUGUCUAUAGGGCCAGCAUGGUGUGCAUGAUGGCAGGUGCUGACUUCAUCAAGACAUCCACUGGGAAGGAGGGAGUGAACGCAACAUUCCCCGUGGCGCUGGUGAUGGUGAGAGCCAUCCGGGAGUACCACCAGAGGACUAGCUUCAAGGUUGGUUUCAAGCCUGCAGGCGGGAUCCGGACAGCCAAAGAUUCCUGUACCUGGCUCUCGAUGAUGAAGGAGGAACUCGGAGAUGAUUGGACGAAGCCAAAUCUCUUCCGUAUUGGUGCUAGCAGCCUGUUGGGGGACAUUGAACGGCAAAUAUUCCACUACGUGACCGGACACUAUGCUGCAGCUCAUGAGCUGCCCAUGGCGUAGGCAAGAUGUGGAAACAUCACAGAUACACAUAUAAUCAUGGUGCUGGAUACGGGCAUUGGGAUAGCACUGAUGGUCAGAUGGUCAGUUGGUCAGAUGUAUGGACCAUGACUUUCAUUUAAUCAUGUAUAUAUACUGGUUUUGCUCAGUUAUUGAAGGACUAGGAUUGAAGGAUCAGCUUUAGAAAGUCCUGUUUGCAAAACUAGCUAAGAGGACUUGUAAAACCAAUUUGUCUUCUGCAUUUGUAAUUUGUGCUACUGGAAUGAGACAAAAAUGUAAACCGUUUUUACACUUUCUGAGAGGUAAAAUUGAAGCAUUUGGAACUGAUUGAGAAUUAUAGCCCUCAAAUUAUCUUUGUCAAUUCGGACUUGAAGUUUGGAUUUUUACUUGUCCUCAGCAAAAUUUACUAGUCUAGGGGCUAGCAGACAAGCAUGAAUUUGAAGGCAAGAUGAUUUCGUUGGUCUGCAAGUGUGUUGACUAAAGGACUUUCGGAAAUAGAAAAAUACUGUUAUUUCACAUUUACAUCUACAAUUUAUGUAGAUAAUAUGUGAAAGUGUGAAAUAUUUGUUAAACUAACUUCAGUUUAACUAUAGUCUCAGUGGUAGGGAGAUAUGAAACGUAAAAAUUGGACUUUACUCAGGAGAGAUUAGUGCAGAAAUGAGCAAUGCAGGUUUUUUCUAAGUCCAAAGCGACUUAUUUGGAACAGACCAUGGCUUUAUGCAAAUUAGAGGGCGAUGAUAUUGUA